ACAUAAAUAACUAAUUUUUCUUCUUCUAUUUUAAUCUUCUUUAACCUCUUCCUCGUUUCUAUACUCUACUUUGUGUCUUGCACCACUUCCACCAAUUAUCUGAACAAUUUUAUUUCUCUCACUACCUUUGUCACCGGGUGAUAAUGAUAAGUUAGUGGAUUAACAGUGUGUCACUUAGGUAAUUCAAUGAUAUCUUACCUUUCUAAGCAAAAUAACAUGAUUACGCUUGCUAAUUGAUACACUAUUAACUUAUGUAGACAUCACUAAUCUGGAGAAUGGAGAAGUGAUGGUUAUUAAUCCAAAGUGGGGUCUGGAGUGGGGUUGGGGUGGCUUCUAUUCUGCACCUCAUUUUUGAAACACUUGGUUUGAUACUUAAAAAUUUUCAGCAUCAUUCAUACUUCAUGAAAGUGUGAGCAAGUUAAAACUAGAGUUUUUUUUUACUGAUGUAUAAUAAACAAGGGAAGAGAACCAAAAUCUACCUUUCUAAUAAUGAUUGCCAAAGCAAAAGUACUUUCUUUCAUUCUUUGAGACUUCAAAGGAUGGCAACAAAAAAGGUAAGUACCGACUUGAGUUUCUGCCCUCUUCCCUUCACAUGUUAGAGGUUACUUUAGGAAUGUUUUUUUUUCUGCCAGAAGCCCCUCUUUGUCUUCAACUUGCCUUUCUUCUCAGGAACAGAAAAGUUUUGGAAUUCAAUUUCACAUCAUAUGGCAUGAAAUUUGAGCUAUAAUGGCGGUCUCCAACAAUAGUUCCUUGUGGAUAGCCUACCAGAGAAAAUGAUUUAGAUCGGAUCGUCCCAAAAAUGAUGAAACAAGUCUCUCUCGUCUCUUAUCAAUGCAAAUUUUUCCUUCUCAUCAAGUUACUGCUACUAUCAAAGACUGUAAUAGCAGAACCAAGGGCCAAGACAGUCCUAACAACAUGUGGUCAUGAACUAGAGCACAAUACUACUAUCUUUGUUCCAAAUUUUGUUGCAACUAUGGAGAAGAUCAGUGAUGAGAUGCGCAAAACUGGCUUUGGCACAGCAAUUGUAGGGACAGGGCCUGAUACUAACUAUGGCCUUGCCCAGUGUUAUGGAGAUCUUUCAUUACUUGACUGUGUAUUAUGCUAUGCUGAGGCACGCACGGUUCUUCCUCAGUGCUUCCCUUAUAAUUCUGGUCGAAUUUUCCUCGAUGGUUGUUUCAUGAGGGCUGAGAAUUAUAGUUUCUUUAAUGAGUAUUUGGGACCGGGAGACAGAGCUGUAUGUGGGAACACAACAAGGAAGAACUCGAGUUUUCAAGCAGCGGCAAGACAGGCAGUUCUAAGAGCAGUUCAAGAUGCACCUAACAACAAAGGAUAUGCCAAAGGGAAUGUUGCUGUUGCAGGAACAACUAACCAAUCUGCUUAUGUUUUGGCUGAUUGUUGGAGGACUUUGGAUAAAAGGUCUUGCAAAGCAUGUCUUGAGAAUGCAUCCUCUUCCAUAUUGGGAUGCUUGCCUUGGUCAGAAGGGAGAGCGCUCAACACCGGUUGCUUCAUGAGGUACUCAGACACAGAUUUUCUUAACAAGGAGCAGGAAAAUGGGAGUUCGUCAGGUAAUGUGGUAGUGAUAGUGAUUGCAGUAGUCAGUUCGGUGAUUGUUUCGGUGGUUGGAGUAACUAUUGGAGUUUAUAUAUGGAAACAAAGAAACAUUCAAAAGAAACGAAGAGGUUCAAAUGAUGCAGAGAAGUUGGCAAAAACACUACAGAACAAUAACUUGAACUUCAAGUACUCUACAUUGGACAAGGCUACUGAAUCUUUUCAUGAAAAUAACAAGUUAGGGCAAGGAGGAUUUGGAACAGUUUAUAAAGGAGUUCUAGCUGAUGGAAGAGAGAUUGCUGUGAAGAGAUUAUUUUUCAACAACAGACAUAGAGCAGCAGAUUUCUACAAUGAAGUCAACAUAAUUAGUAGUGUGGAACACAAGAAUCUAGUCAGACUGUUGGGAUGCAGUUGUUCGGGACCUGAAAGCCUGCUUGUAUAUGAAUUUCUACCCAACAGAAGUCUUGAUCGCUACAUUUUCGAUAAAAACAAGGGCAAGGAAUUGAACUGGGAAAAGAGAUAUGAAAUUAUCAUUGGGACAGCCGAAGGAUUAGUUUAUCUGCAUGAGAACUCCAAAACAAGGAUAAUUCACAGAGAUAUAAAAGCCAGCAACAUCUUAUUGGAUGCAAAGCUUCGUGCUAAAAUUGCAGAUUUUGGUUUGGCCAGGUCCUUUCAAGAGGACAAGAGCCACAUAAGUACAGCUAUUGCAGGAACUUUGGGGUAUAUGGCUCCUGAAUACCUAGCUCAUGGUCAGUUAACAGAAAAGGCAGACGUAUAUAGUUUUGGAGUGUUGCUGCUAGAGAUAGUCACUGCUAGACAGAACAACAGGAGCAAAGCAUCAGAAUAUUCAGACAGCUUAGUUACAGUGGCAUGGAAGCAUUUUCAGGCAGGGACUGCUGAACAAUUAUUUGAUCCAAACCUAGACUUGCAGGAAGAUCACAAUAGCAAUGUUAAUGUUAAGGAUGAGAUUUUAAGAGUGGUUCACAUAGGACUUCUAUGCACCCAAGAGGUCUCUUCUUUACGACCAAGCAUGUCAAAGGCACUGCAAAUGCUAACAAAGAAAGAGGAGGAUCUUGUUGCUCCCUCUAAUCCACCCUUCCUUGAUGAGAGUACCAUGGAACUUCAUGACACAAGUGGUGACCCAUUUUAUCCUCUUACUGCACCUGAUUCAAUUGCCACUAUGUCCCAUAGCUCUUUUUAUCCCAGGUGACCAAGAGAAUGCAGAGAAAAUCCCUGACAUGACAUGUCGGCAGCGCAGCUUGUGAUUGGCAAAUAACUUGGUCUGCCUCAGAAAUCAGACCUAUGUCACUUAAGGUUGUUAACAAAGCAAUCGAUCCUUUGCUAUUUAAAAUACAUACUUAAGACACGGGGAGAUUUUGAGCCAAAUGUCCAAUACGGUUAUGGGAAGCAAACAGUGUAUACUGUAUAGUUCCAUGAUUAACAUUAUUAAACAAUUUUAGAUUAAUCUGAUAUAUGUAACAAGUCAUAAAUACUACGUUUGGAUACAACUAUUAAUUCAUUUGCGCAA